CCACCGCCGAGACAGCGCAGUCACUACCAGCAAGAGGCGGCCUACGAUGUCCGCGAUGCUGAAGGGUCGACAGAACAAUGACAUCCUUACGGUCGACCAGAUUGUGAAUGAGGACGACUGGGUGCCUAAUUCCGAACGAUUCCGCUGCCAUGUGUGCACUCGCAACUUUAACACGAUCCGCAGACGACAUCAUUGUCGCAUGUGCGGUGAAGUGGUGUGCGGCAACUGCACCCUGAAGAAACUGGCGCAGAUCCCGCAGCGCCCGACGCUGCAGGAAGUCCGUGUGUGCAUGUCGUGUAUUUUGAACCAUGCCAACAAGCAGGCGAACCCGAUGCACCACCAAGGAGCCGCCCCCGCGCAAAUCCAACGCGGCGGCCAACGCGGAUCCAUCCAAAGCACACGCACGGACACACAUUCGCACACAGGAGAGACCAUUCGCUACAGCAACCGCGAAAGCAACAUGGAUCGACUCGACUCGCCCCCUGAGAACUCGGUCGGCGAGCGCGCGCAUUUCACGCGCAGUGACCAAGGCGACAACGUCGUAGACUACCCGUUGGACUACAGUUGGGGCUACGCGUGGCCGAAGCCGCCUGUGCUUCCUGACGAAGUCGACCGGCUCGCAGUGCUGCGCAGCUUUGACGUGUUGGACACCCCCACGGAAGACGUGUUCGACAUCAUCUGCGACCUGGCGAGCAACGCGCUCAAGUGUCCGAUCUCGGCCGUGAGUUUGAUCGACGAAGACCGGCAGUGGUUCAAGGCCAGCGUCGGGUUGGCGCAGACCGAGAUUCCACGGAACGUGAGCUUUUGCGCGCACACGAUCAUCUCCAAGGAGCCCAUGGUCGUGCUGGACACGCUACAAGACAAGCGGUUCAUGAAGAACCCACUCGUGACGGGCGGCGCUGGCAUCCGGUUCUACGCGGGGUCGCCCAUCUGCACCCCGUCCGGCCACGUCAUCGGCACCGUGUUUGUGUUUGACAACCAGCCGCGGACAUCGUGCGACCUGGCGACGCUUGAGAAGCUGUCGAACGUUGCGAUGAAAAACUUGGAGGACCGAAAGAACGGCACGGCCCCGCUGCCUCCGUUGAACAAGCAGCAGCAGCCACCGUCCACGUCGACCCCCGCGCCUCCCCCGCCGCCGCCUGGCGCGAUCGUGUCGGUAGCACCGAGCGACCUCAACACACAAGACUUGGUGGUCCAAGGACCCGCCGGAAACGGCCCUGGCGACGGCCAAGUCGUUGGCGGACCCAAGAUGGAGACGAUGCUCAUGGACUUGCUGUGCCGCACCACGGAAACGCAGCAGCAACUUGCUGCGCAACAAGGCGUCAUGUUCCAGCAACUGGGCCAGCACACCCAAAAGAUCGACGAGUUGGCCGACGCCGUCAAGCGUAUGGAAGCCAAGCUAGACGGCAUCUAACACGCGUCUUCAUCCAUCGUCUCUAUGUCACACAUUUGCAUCCUCCUAUAGAAUAGACGUUGAGCUCGCACUCGCCUGUAAUACAUUUCAUAUUUCUCGCCGUC